AUGAAUGGACCCGAUACUCCUUCGUCCCCCAUUUCAGUAGGAGCUAGCGAAUGGUCUUAUCCCGCGGCCGAUAGCAGGCCCCAAUACCCGAAUAAUAAUAAUAAUCAAGGUCAACUCAACACACCACCCGACUCCGCCGGCCCAGUGACGCCGAUGAACAACAAUUUCCCACCGGGGCCGCGGAGCGUCGGCGGCCCCUCGCCACCACCCUCCGUCGGCCGAUCCAGCGCCGGCACCAACAUCUAUGCGCGGAGCGAAAGUGGCCGGAGCCAGAGCCAGAGCCAGUCGGAGAACGCAGAGUUUGUGCUGUCGGAGCACUAUGUCUCUCUCAAGCGCUUUCUCUCCGCCACCUCGCGCGACGGCAAUCCGCGACCGCAGCCGAACAAGGCCCGCGACAAGCUCCAACGCCUCACGAGCGUCCAGUUUCUCGAGCUCAGCACCGAUGUUUACGACGAACUGAGGCGGCGCGAAGCCGCCAGCCGGCGACCCCCAAAUGCUCCGCCCGGCGUUGGGGCCCCAGCGUACCUGUUGCCUGAGAACACUUUCCACCCCAAACGGAACCAGGCCCGCCAAAAGCUCUCAUCGCUCGGGUCCGCGCGGUUUCGGGAUCUGGCGAUGGAUAUUUUCUGCGAGUUAGAGCGGAGGUUUCCGCGCUUUAUGGGCAAUGACGUCCCACGCGUCGGUAGCCCGAUGUCGGCUCGCGGAGGGCCACCAAGUCGAUCGGGGACUCCGGUGAACGGGAUGAACGGGUACCCUCCACGGGGCCAGAGCCGCAGGCGUCCUUCCGAGGCGAGCUCUGUCCGGAGCGGGCGCGGGCUGCCCCCCGGCCCGAUGCAAGGGUUCCCCAUGCCGCCGUCCCCAAGUCUUGCGAAUGGCGAGUACGGGCGCCCAAUGCCGAAACAGUUCCAGAGCAACACCAUUGUGCCAAACAAGAGUACGAUGGUGGAGGAGGAUGACGAUGCUAUCAGCCCCACGAGUCCGGAUCCUAACGGCGGGUAUGGUAUGCAGAGGAGUUUAGAUGAGCGGGUUGGGCCAUCAGAGUCCGAUAAGCGGGCCAUUGAAGAGUAUGAGGUGCAGGUCAAGGAUCUGCAGGAGAAGCUGGCGUCCACAGAGGAGAGCUUGAAAAAGAAGGAAGAGGAGCUGGAGGACGAACGGUCUCGGGCCGCGGCGGCGGAAUCAGCAAAGGAAGAGUGGGAGGACGCGCGCGCGAGUCUUGAAAACAAGCUGGCUGAAGCCCAAGAAUUGAACGACUCCUUACAACGGGAAAUUGAAAGGGUCCGGGGAGAACACCUUAACGAAACGAGAGAGCUCAGGAAUGAGAUUGAGCAGGUCCAAAGCAACGGUCUGGGCAAUGCGGAUCCCGAGCUGGAGCGAGAGAACAAGGCGCUACGCACGGCGUUGGAAGAGCAGGAACAGGUGACGGAGGAAGUACGGCGAGAGGCGCAGGAGUUUUUGCGGGAGAUGAAGUCGAUUUCACAGCAAAGCGGCGCAACGUGGGAGAAGCACUCGCAGAUGGAGAAGACGAUCGAGUCGCUCGAGCAUGAUGUGCGGGAGUGGCAGAACCGAUACGCGCGGGCAAAGACGCAGUUGCGCGACAUGCGCGGCUCUUCGGCCGGGCUCACCAUCGACCAGGACGCAUCGAAGCCGCUGCGCGAGAAGGGCUUCGUGGAGGACAACGGGUUGGUUAAGGACAUCCACGUCACCAAGUUCCAGCUGGCCAUCGACGAGCUUCUCCGGCGGGCCCGCGACGACCACCCGGACCGCGUGACGGACGCCAUGAAGUCGGUUGUCGUCAGCGUCCGGCGGAUCACCAAGGACCUCGACGGGGCUGGGCAAGGGCAGAACGGCGAGACCGCUGUGCAGUUCCAGAAACCCAAGUCGCGGGUCUCGUCGACUGCCAACGCGCUGAUCACGGCGUCCAAGAACUUUGCGAGCUCCGCGGGCAUCUCCCCGGUGUCUGUUCUCGACGCUGCGGCUUCCCACUUGGUUGCUGCGGUGGUCGAGCUGCUGCGCGCUGCCAAGAUCCGCACUACGCCAGAGGACGAACUGGAAGAAGAGGACGAGGGCACGAUAACCCCCGUCGAUUCCUCGGGCUUCUUCUCCCCGCAGAGCAACGGCCAGAGCCAGAUCUCCAGCAUCGCGUCUAUCCAGGAGGCGCUCCCACCACCCCCGCCGUUUCAGGGGCUAGGUCCCCGGAGCCAUGUGAGCGUCGAUUCCUCGUCCUACAGCCCCGUCAGCUCCCCGCGCGAGUCAUUCGCCAAGGGCGCGCUGGCCCGCAACGGGCCGAUCGCGGAAGGCAAUGGCGGGUAUGGAGGGUUGGAUAAAGCCCUACCCAUCGCCCCCAAUGGCAACCUCAACGGCGGCGGCAACCCUUAUGCCAACAACAACCGACGCACAGAAGACCUCAAACUUUACCUCGAAGACCAAACCGCCGUACUCGUGCAAACCAUCCAAGCCCUCGUCCAACUCGUCCGCGACGACCCAGCCAUCGGCCGCGUGACCGAGGAAAUCAACGUCAUCACCGAAGUAGUCGGGCAAGUCGCCGACGAGACGAAAGCCGCGGCCCCCGGCGGUAGUGGGGCCGCCAUGGUGCAGCGGUUGGAGACGUGUCGGGAGCGGUUGAUGGAGGCUGGGCACAGAGGCGUGGAUAUUGCUGCGACGGCUGGUAGCGGGGAUGAUAGGGAGUGGCGGAUGUGGACGCAGACGUUGCCGCCGAUUGCGUUUGAGAUUGCCAGGGAGACGAAGGAGUUGGUGCAGAGGGUUGAUCAGUUGGUGUUGGAUGGUUGA